UCCUCUCCUUAAGAAGUUUCUUAAGAAUCAAACCCUCUCAGACAGAAGCAGAACCCUCAACACAUCAGGUCUGUGUUUUAGUACAUAUGAGAUCAGAGACUAAUUUAGCACUGCAAGAUUAUGCCAUUAAGGACCCUGCUGUCCAGCAGCAGUUUUGAGGAAGAAAGGGUCAGGCUGACAAACCUGUCCAACCCACAGGAUGUGGACCACUAUUGCUUCGCAGAGGCCCUGCACAGGCCGUUUGGACUGGACUCGACGUCUCUGACAGAGGCGGUGCGCUGGAGCUCGAAGGAGAAUCUGCUGGGUGCGGCUGAGAGUGACCCCAACCUCUUCGUUGCACUUUACGACUUUGUUGCCAGUGGUGACAACACACUGAGCAUCACGAAAGGAGAGAAGCUGCGAGUGUUGGGGUACAACCAGAAUGGCGAGUGGAGUGAAGUCCGUUCGAAGAAUGGCCAGGGUUGGGUACCCAGUAACUACAUCACCCCCGUGAACAGUCUGGAAAAGCACAGCUGGUAUCAUGGGCCUGUGUCCCGCAGCGCCGCUGAGUACCUGCUCAGCAGCCUGAUCAACGGCAGCUUCCUAGUGAGGGAGAGUGAGAGCAGCCCUGGCCAGCUCUCCAUCUCGCUUCGCUAUGAGGGACGGGUCUAUCAUUACCGGAUUAACACCGCCUCUGACGGAAAGGUCUACGUAACAGCUGAAAGUCGUUUCAGCACAUUAGCUGAGCUGGUUCAUCAUCAUUCCACAGUGGCAGAUGGUCUGGUAACCACAUUACACUAUCCUGCCCCAAAAUGCAACAAGCCAACCGUCUACGGCGUCUCCCCCAUCCACGACAAGUGGGAGAUGGAGCGCACCGACAUCACCAUGAAGCACAAGUUAGGCGGUGGCCAGUACGGAGAGGUAUACGUCGGAGUUUGGAAAAAGUACAACCUCACUGUAGCUGUAAAAACACUAAAGGAGGACACCAUGGAGGUUGAGGAGUUUUUGAAGGAAGCUGCAGUCAUGAAGGAGGUGAAACAUCCCAAUUUGGUACAAUUGCUGGGUGUGUGUACAUUGGAGCCUCCAUUCUACAUAGUGACCGAGUACAUGCCACAUGGAAACCUGCUGGACUACCUGCGUGAGUGUGACAGGGAGCAGGUGAAUGCUGUGGUUUUGCUGUACAUGGCCACUCAGAUCUCCUCUGCCAUGGAGUAUCUGGAGAAGAAGAACUUCAUCCACAGGGACUUGGCAGCUCGUAAUUGUCUGGUUGGAGAGAAUCACGUGGUCAAGGUGGCUGAUUUCGGCCUGAGCCGGCUGAUGACAGGCGACACCUACACCGCUCAUGCGGGGGCCAAAUUCCCCAUCAAAUGGACAGCACCAGAGAGUCUGGCCUAUAACACCUUCUCCAUCAAAUCAGAUGUGUGGGCAUUUGGAGUUUUGCUUUGGGAGAUUGCCACAUAUGGCAUGUCUCCAUACCCAGGAAUCGACCUGUCUCAGGUGUACGAUCUGCUGGAGAAGGGCUACCGCAUGGAGCAGCCCGAGGGCUGUCCUCCUAAAGUCUAUGAGCUCAUGAGAGCCUGUUGGCAGUGGAGUCCACUAGAUAGACCCUCAUUUGCUGAGAUUCACCAGGCCUUUGAGACCAUGUUCCAUGACUCAAGCAUCUCAGAAGAGGUCGCCGAAGAGCUGUGUAAAACCGCAUCUGGUGGGCAAGGUGGGCUCGCGCACACCUUUGGCCACGAUAUGCCACUCUUGCCCUCAAAGUCUCGUGGGCAGAAGAAACACUCUGAGAACAAAGAGAAUAUGGAGGAGGCAGGACCCCACGGCCCUGCAGGUCUUGCAGCAUCCCUUUUUGUGGGUGAUGGACGCUCCAGCAGCUCUCCUGCCCUACCACGUAAACAAAGGGAUAAGUCUCCCUCUAGCCUGCUGGAGGACUCCCAGGACACUACCUUCACCCGAGACCGCAAGGCUGGCUUCUUCAGUUCUUUCAUGAAGAAGAAGUCCAUGUCUUCCUCUUCUACUUCAUCCUCACCUCAGCAGCAACAGAAUCUCCCUAUGCCUCCCAAGAGGAGCAGCUCUUUCCGGGAGAUGGAUACCCAGCCCCAUAAAAAGUAUGAGCCCACGGCUGGGUUUGCAGGCCCGCCUCCUCCUUUGCCCCAAACUGAUGGGUUGAAUUUUUCUCCAUCUCAUGGAGAGGGGAACCACGUGCAGUCCCGCUGUUGUGGGGCCACGUUUGGACAGAAACCCUCAAGUUCAAACUCUGGAGCAACUUCUGGUCAAGUGGGAAGCAGCAGUAGUUGGGGAAGCCUUGCGGGCUUCUUUACCCCUCGCCUUAUCAAAAAGACCCUGGGAUUGCGGACUGGUAAGCCUUCUGGAAUAGACGAAGGAAGUGGAACCAAGCCAUUCCCUCGUUCCAAUUCAACCUCCUCUAUGUCUGCUGGGUUGCCGGACUUAGAGCGCAUGGCGCUGACGUUACCAAGAAACCGAAGCAAACCCCCAUUAGAACGUACAACUUCCACCACCUCACAACCAGAGAAUGGGGCAGCACGACCUUCAGAGGCAAUCCUGAGGAAGCUUGAUGAAGGUACGGCUCAGAUACGAGAUCGUCCCAAAGCCAAACUCUUGCCACGAGGGGUCGCAGGUGGAGUUAGGGCACCAGGUGUAGGGGGAGAGGCAAAUUCAGACUCCAACACACGAGGAAAAGAUGGGCAAGAUGACAGGCAAGGCUGGUCAUCUCCAUCGAAAACCUCCACUCUUGGUUCGGUCAAUCUGCACAACCAUAAAGUUCCAGUGCUGAUCUCCCCAACCCUAAAGCACAGCUCAGCUGAUGUACACCUAGUCGGUGUGGACUCUCAGGGCAACCGCUUUAAACUGCUGUCCGACAGUGGCGAUCGUGACCGACCGCGACUGGUGAAGCCCAAAUGUGCACCUCCUCCACCGCCCAUGCUCCGCUCCCUCCAACAUGCCUACAGUGCCGACGCAGCUGAUGAAGCGGUCAGUGGAAACAUAGAGGUCAAUGGAGAUGGCGUCAAAAGAUCAGGAAGAGAAGCCAGAGGAGCACGUCCAUCAAUACCACCACCACAAGUGCCUCCAGCCCCCAUAGUCCCCUCUAGUAACAACAUCACCCAAACUAAGAUGGCCAACGGUGCUUCCAGUGGCGGACCUGGCCCUACUUCCGCCAAACCCACGCUUAGACGGACUCGGCAGCAGACAGAACGAAUCCCACUGGAGAAGAUCAGCAAGGAGGCUCUUUUGGAAUGUGCCGAAUUCUUGAGUAGUGCUCUUCAAGGCAACACCGAGCUUUCCUCCAGCAGCCAGGUCUUGGAUGUGGGACACCAACUUUUGGACUACUGCUCGGGGUAUGUCGAUUGCAUCCCCCAGACACGUAAUAAAUUUGCCUUUCGUGAGGCAGUGGGGAAACUGGAGUUGAGUCUACAGGAGCUGCGCGCUUCCUCUACAGGUGGGGGAGUGGGAUCUGGGACCAGCCCGGCUCUUGACAACUUGCACACGUGCAUUAAAGAGAUCAGUGAUGUUGUGCAACGGUAGCCACUGUGUCCACCUCCAAAACUCCUCCUCCUGUACCCCUUGAGACUUUUUGCAUCAGAAUCAAUUUAGUUUUAUUUAAGUGUUGGGGGACAGAGAGUAUUCUCUAAGAAGUACCUCAGAAAAUGACUACAAACACUCACUCUAACUUUUUAUUGUUUACAGGUGACUUUCUCCUUGAAAUUGCCAGUUGGGAACAGAGUUCUUUGUAUAUAAGCUUUUUGUCACUACCAAAAUACACAGUUUUGUUUUUGACAAAUUAAUACUUACAGUUUUAUCUUGGUAUGACAGAAUCACUUUUCACAAAUAUACAGGGGUUGCACAGGUUAAUGUGAGCCGACUACAAAUGAAUUGGUCCACUUAUCAUGUAUUUUGUUUUUAGUUGUGGAUUUCCAUUUGCUUUUUCGAUAUUUCAUUUGCAUUGUUUCCAUAGUAACUGGAUAUUGCAUCAGAAUGUCAAUGCAAACAUAAAAAUGGCCAACAUUUCUGGCAUAAAUUGAACAAACAAUAUUGCUUGUUCAGAACCUGCAGUAGUAUUGAAUGUGGAUUGCAAACACAGCUCUUUGUUCAGUCUCAUAAACUGCUUCUGUCUACAUCCCAUACUGUCAUUUUUUUUUUAUUUGACCACAUUUGUUAAACAAUACAGCAUUUGAUGACCAUUCAUAAUUUGGUAGAUCUUUCUGUAAUUAGUCUUUAUUUCGACAUGAUCCAUGCAUUAUUGUUGCUAGCAGUAAUUUGCUGUGGCAUAGUUGAAAUGGUGUUGGGUCUGUCACCACAUGGAUCAUAUUUGGCCUUUUAUAUCCGUGGCCUUUAGAUAAUGCCCCCAUCAGCCAGAUGGCACAAAUCUACAGGCUGACUCUAGAGUUCUCAACACUUAAGAAUCCUUAAUAUGUUUCUAGAUUUUAUUGAUUUGCUAUGGGGGAAUUAUUAUGUGAUGUGUGGAAAGUCUGAAUUUAUUUUAUGACCGUCAUGGUGCCAACACAGAAGCAGCAACACUAGAGAUACAAGUAUUGCCACGUCUUUUAACACAAACUGCAUUUUCCUUAGCACAUUGAUUUGUAACUUUAUUUUGAUUUCACUUUAGAAUGUCGCCAUUUGUAAACUUGAAUUUUAAAUUAUUUUUAAUUAAAAGCACAGGCGUUUUUAUGAUAUUGUAGAUAUUGCAUAUUAUUUUAUACCCACAAACAGGCGUGGAAGGUCAUGCUCACCUGUGUCCUUGUGGUGAGAUUUUGGUGCGAGGGUCUCCAUCUGUGCAUCUACAUUAUGAAUGUAUUCAUUUGUUGAAAACAGGAAUGUCUUUUUGUUUUGUUUUUUGCGUGCGUGUAUAUGUUUUCCAUAGUCUCACACAGUUCAAACUUUAUUAAAAAGAAACAUUUUCUUCAGGACAUAAACAGUUGUUUUCUGAGUCUGUAUUCAUAAAAUUAUAGAUUUGUAUUCGAAUUUGCAUAAAUGAGAUUUUUGUGGGUACUCUGCAAUGUCAUAAUUAAAAUGUAAUGAAGAUGAUUUGUACCGAUUACACUGGAGCACAUUUUUAAAGCAUAAAUGUUAAUUGCCUUGCCUUAAUUCACUGUUCUAGGGUAUGUAGUAUGGAAAUUUUGGAAGGAGAAAUUGUUUUUGCCAUGCAUCUCCAUGACAUUUCAAUUCUACUGCAACAGAAAAUCAUACAUGUUGUUUGUUCAAAACCAUUUUUUGUACUCUAAAUCAUUGCAUAAUUUGCCUACACUAACUUAGCUUGUUUUGCCAUUUUUUUUUCUGCCAUGGGCAGUGUUUUCUGAUAUUACAUGGUGCCUUUUGUGAGAGAUUUAAUGUUUUGUGCACUGCAAGGUCAUGUUAAAGAUCUGUUUAUGUAAAUAUGUUUUGCGCUAAAAUAUUCAUUAGCAAUUUUAAGGUGGCAAAUGGGAUUUUUCAAGCCUUUAUUAUCAUUCAAGCUGCCCUGUUCAGACAUCUGAGUAUGUGAGGUGUCCAACUUGAAUAGGAAAAAGUGCAAUGAUCUGUCCUUUACUUAGAAAAAGACAGUGCUUGAAGUCUGGUCUCCUUUUACUGAAAGAGCUCAUGAAUUUGUUUUGCUUUGUCAGGAAUACCUCUCUUGUAUAAUCACAAUAACAGAGAAAAAAUAUUUUUCAUGUGUGAUUUAGCAGUUUGUUCUUUCAAACACAUGCAGGUCAUCUAUUCCAUUUAUUAUUAUGUCUAAAAAUGUUUCAUUACCAAACAGCUGAGGGGGAAAAGAGUUAGUGACUGUUAAUUACCCCAAGUUAUUUUCCUUUUACAUUUUUGUUUGCCUCUUUUAUUUAUUUUUGGUUUAUUUAUUGAUGAAAUUUUUACGUUGAAUCCUGGAUAAUUUUUUGGGGAGACUCUCUUUUUGUAAGGUCAGAUUUCAAGUGCUGAAGAAAUUUAUAUACCAAAGGCCACCUCUCAAGUCCUUCAAGUGCAAUGAAAAUAAAACACUUAAUUUUGAAUAUGUGAAUUUAACAGGGAUUAAAACGGCAGAGGUUGAC